AUGGCCGCCCUGCUGCUGCUGGCGACAGCUGCAGCCGCCGCCAGCCUCGGCGAUCUCACGCGACGGGAGACUGGCGAUGUGUUCACUUUACUUGGCGACGAAUGCGGUCCAGCACAAUGCGCAGAGCACGGCGCGGGUGCGGCGAGUAUAAAAGGCGCGACAUUUGCCGGCGGCUGCGCUUGCGCAUGCCCGCAACGAGCACCCUUGUUUAGGGAAGAUAGAGAGCUGUGCGUGGAUGAUCUACCAGAAUGUGCUUUGGCAACUUUUGGCACUGGUAAUGCGUUACAACGUAUACCGUUUGUCUUCUUGCCUUUAAAAGGUCAAAUAAUACAUCCAUCGCGUGAGAUAACAUUUCAGAAUGUCAAAACACCUAUUUGCGCGGUAUCCGGAGCUCAAUUUCUUACGACGAAGGGAUUUUUGGACCUUCGUAAUACACUAGACGCGGAUGUGCCAUUUAGUCUUUUUAGAGAUGAGGGUAGAACUUUUUUGCAGUGGAGCGGUGAAGAUGAAGUACGCAGACGCAUGUCCGGGCGAGUGAUGGUAGUCAGGCUUUUGUGCCGCGACGUUGCCACACCGCCCUCCUCACCACUUGAUCUGCGUGGUGUAUUCACACCCUGUGUGGCUUUUAGAGUGCAGGGAACACCGCCCAGACAUGCUGCAAACAUAACAGAAGUACAAUUCACACCAAACGCGCAAACAUCCGACUCCAGUACAUAUUCUGGAUUGAGCGCCAGCGAAUACAUAGCAAUAGGCAUCAGCUCUUUACUCCUUGGGCUAAUCUAUGUAGCAUCAGUCUUUCUCUAUUUACACAUUCGUAAGAGACGAAAAGUCGCGUCUGAAGAAAGCAGCCUUCGAAGAAUUAAAGGAUUAAAGAAGAGAGAUGGUACUAUCACAGUAGAUCGUGAUAUACUUCGAAUCAAUAAUGAACGUGUUCAAACAAUUACUAAUGCAAUGGGACAAGAUGAUGGUAUCGUCAAAAACAACCCGCUUCUAUCAGUUGGCAGAACUUUUAGUGAUAAAAUGAAUUUCACAAGCGACUCUGGGAGCAAUAUAUCAGAUUCAGAAGACUUGCCCGACAGCAGUAUACGUAGCGAUGAAAAUGUUUUCAAUAAAAGAACGACAUCAGCAAUUAUCCAUCUCCAUAAUGAAGGAUUAAAAAGUCAAUAUGAGGGUAUGGAAGUUAAUCAUCGCGAUGAGUCCGGUAUAGAACGACUUCCAGAUGAACAUGUAUCUAUUGUUGAAACUAUUGAAGAUCGAGAAAUUGCUAGACCUGUUGGUACUACGCGAAGAAAACUGUACUUUAACCCUGCUUAUUUUGAACCACAGCUUAUGGUUGAUCCACCAGCGGCUGCUCUGGAAUUUCUAUCAAAAAUCAGGGAAGUCAUAUCGAUAGCAAAACACAAAAUGGCAGCCAAACGUUUUCACCCUGUUCUUAAUGAAAUACCAGAAGAAGAAACAUAUCCGUCCAAUGCAAACAGCAUUGAUCUUUACAAUGGACUUGGUAGUCAACGUAGCGGAAGCGUAAUCAGUCUUAAAAGAGAAAAUAGUCGGCGUCGAUCCUCUACCUGUUUAGGUUGCCCAGGGUGCAAAUCUGAUAAUAACACAGUAAACGUCAUAAAAUACGACAAUCCCAAUUGUAAAAGCUGCCUUCAUUCAAAAGGCGAUAAGCAAAGUAGCAUUCGCAAAUGGUUGGAAAAUAUUCCAAAUGGACCAGAAGAAAUUAAUGAAGAUUUCGACAUUAACUCCAGUAAAUUAGCAAAAUCCUUAUCAUCACUACCGAUAGCUGCUUGUCGCAACAAUAUUAGGAAACAAUACAGUUUUUCAGAAAGUUAUUCUUUAUAUUCCAACGACAAUCUGACCGCUUCGAAGAAAUGUACCUCUAGGUCUGUAAGAUCAGAGCCUUCUACGAGAAAUUAUAAUAUACCACUGCCUGAAUUUGAAGGUGUCGCCUGUGAAGAUAACUCAAACAAUACUGUUACAAAGAAAAUCGCUCAGUCGAUUAAUUUUGAUGAAUAUAGACCUACUAAUAGUUCCGGAAGUAAGGGUUCUUGCAAACGAAGGAACUCAUUAAUCAAUAACAAAAAUUCUCUUCCUGAUAUGGUAAACGACGCGAUGGCAUUAGACAACUUUUCAAAGUCGUACAAUCAAAGCAGUUCUGAUGACGAAAUGCUUACUGAGAACUUAGAUAAUGAUACCACACAGAAAGCCUUUAAUCAUAGUUCUGAUAGUCCAAUAGCGAAUGACUAUGAAACAGACAGUUUGGAACGUUCGUCAAAUAAAAAGAGUAUAACAACACCAACGGAAUUUCUAGAAGUCCCUUCUUCACAAGCUAGUCCCAGUUUAAGCAGCGCAUUGCCAUUAGAAGAAGAACUUACGAUGAGAAAUGCUGUAUACAAAUCAAACUCCAAUAGCGAGAGCAAUACACCUUCACCGGAAGUGGAUGUUGGAGUGAAUAAAAAUCAUUAUGAAACUAUUGAUAUAAAGAAAAAUAAUGGACAAAAAGAAGCAGAGAAAAGUUUUGGCGUCAAUUAUAGUUUAGUUACCGAAGUAUACGUAAACAACAGUUACAAUUUCGGGAGCGCCCCAACUUCGCCUAGCGGAUCUGAGAGCUCUAUUGGAAGUCGUAAAUUAAUCGCACUACAAAAUGUUGAAGAGAAACCAGGUUGUUUGACAAUAGAAGUGAAAGAUCCUCCAGAAAAUUAUAUACGUAUUCACGAAUCCGAUGGUUUUGAACCUGAUACUUUGGAUAGAAAACAUCCUAAACAUAAAGAGGCGAUAGAAAACAUGCAGUUUAGUCGUAGGGAUCUUAUUAAAAAUCUUGGAAGCCCAAACGUAAAAAACAGCCAUCGAAUACAACUAAGAAGCAGUGGUACAUUCGUAAAAAACAGUUAUAAAAUCGAGCAAAAUCCAAAAUUUAAUAGCUUGCGCGGUGACUAUGAAUACAACAAAAUAGUACUAAGUAGACCUAAAAUAGCACCGAAUAUGUUUUCUUCGCAUUCACAAGAAGAUACUUCAGAUAAAAGUUUGGAAGACUCGGGUGGUUGGACAUCGGAAGACGGAAGAAUAUUAACUCUAGAAUAUAGACAUUCGAAACGACAGCGGCAGUGCACACCACCCUCAGCAAAGCAACAAAAACAUUUAGCUCGACCAGACGUUCUCCCUCCAUUACCACCAACUGAAGACACUAUUUAUGAGAAACCAGUUAUCCCUCCAAGAAGAGUAGAAAAUUGUAAAGUAGAAAUAGAUUUGCCUCAAAAAUGCCUUAGUGAUAGAAGCCUCAGUCCAAGAGAUUCAAAACAAUCCAGCGAGGAAUCAAAUGUACCAAGUAAUAUUCCGAGCAUUAUAAAUGAAGAACCGUCGUGUAGUCCAAUGCAUGCUUCAAUACCAUCGCAUACUUCAGAUUACGUGGAUAUGAAAGCUGUUCAACCAACAAACUUUGUAUCGCUCUCUAUGGAAGCUGGCAAAAGUUCAGCGAGACGUAAUUCAAUAAGAAGCUGUACCGGAAUUAACACGAAUACAUUCGUGAAAGAUCAAAAGUUUGAUAAAACUAAACAACGAAGGAGAAAAGGACUCAGUAUUGAAGAUUCUGGCUAUCUUAGUAGCGAUUCUACGAGUUCGAGACAGUUCCAAAGAAAGUUAGUUAUAGCGAAAUUAGCGAGUUGUAGUGACAGUGAUGACACUGGGAACGAAGCUAGAAGUGAAUCCGGUGCUGAAAGUGUAGAAACUCAUUCAGUUUAUUUCGGCAGUUUUAGAAAUUUACCGCCAAGAGCUGAAAACAGUAACAUUAAAAGUACUAGAAGUAAUAAGGUGAAAGUUAAAAACUAAACAGUGUUAAGUGUCGUGCAAUAUGUGGACUAUGUGCAAUAAAGUGACGUCAUUGUGAAUCUGUGCAAUAAAUAAAAUAUAUCUAGAUUUCAUAAACAUUAUAUUAUAGUUUACAUAUUCCUAGUAUCUAAUAAAUUAUGAUUUAAAAUAAUAUUGGAUACCCAUAUAAUGGACUAAGUCCGAACUUGCAAUGUGUUUAAUAAUAAUGAUGUAUGGAAAAAAUGUAUAAUAAAUAUGUUAAAGCUAAGUUUUCUAAUAUUGUAAUUGAUUGAGUCUUCUUAAUUUUGAUACUAUAUUUAAUUUUACAAUAAAAUAGCUAUAAUAACAAUGUUUUAAAACAUGAAAUGGCCGGUCGUGCAAUGCAAUAAUAGGGUAAUUAGGUUCUAACAAGGGUAAAAACUUGAAUUUAUUUAAAUUUAUGAAUAACUAGAUAUAGAAAUGACUCAAAGUCAUUUUAGUAUAAAAGAUGUAGAAAUAUAUUUUAUACAUAAUAUAAUAUUUAAUAAAAAAAUUAUGAAUAUGAAUUGUUGUAAAUAAUUGACGUCACUAAGAGUCGGGCGGCACAAAAUGGCUUCCUUGUACCUGACUUGUAUUGCUCCAGAGAGACGCACAAAGUGCAAUUUAUUCUCUCUGUAAAAACAAGAGCACAUUGCGUUAGUGUCAUGUUGGGAAAAAGCAAUCAAAUCUAUGAUUGAAUUAAUAAUAAUUAACAAAAGUGAAUACCAGAUACUUGUAGACUAUUUAUUGAAACUGAUUUUAAUUAGUACGGUAGAGAAAUGAGUUUUUUUUUUCAACAAAAAAUGUGUGUCUGUAAGUACGUCAUCACUUUAUUGAAUUCCGAAUAAAAAAUUACGGUCUUUAGUUUUUUUAUAUCCAUCACAUUAUUUUCAUUAAUAAAUUCUGUCCACUAUCCAUCCAAAUUGUUUUUAAUCUUCGGGACUUUAAUAACAGAUGCUAUUAACUGCAGAUUUAGGUAGAGUAAUUAUCUGUGCAAUAUCACGGUGAUAAAGUUUAUUUUAUUUUAAUGUAAUUUCAUAGCAAAAAUUUACGGCUUUUAAAGUUUACCGCCAAUAAAAACGGCAAUAAACUACCUCUACAACAUCCAACUUCUCUGUUUCCAGUAUAAAAAAUUUUUACUUGAAACAAAACAUUACUUAUAGCAAAUAAGCUACGAAUCAUUUGUAUGUUAAUACAAACCUAAUAAUUUCUUUUAGGUACUCAACUAUUUGGCAAGUUUUUGUGCAAUAGGAAUGAACAUGGAAUUAAAAAAGUUUUAGUUAGUUAGUUACUUUUUUUAAGUUUUACCUACUCAUUAAAAAAAAUCAUUUACGAUUAUUUUAUACUCAGGCAAAUAUGAUUGCAAUUUUCCAACGUGCAUAUUAAAUUAUAAUGGGUUCCGGGAUGGGUAAAAUUUAUAAAUAAAUAAAUUAUUAUACAUAAAUAAAUAUAAUUAUAUUAAUUAAAAUACAUAUUAUAAUAUGGCUGAUGAAUGGUGCUAAGCAGGACAAUCGGGUAUUUUUUAAUUUAAUUUAGAUCUUAAAUUUAUUUCUGAGAUAAAUGCUCAACUAGAUGCAUAUUUGUAAACUAAGUUAGUUAUAAAAUAAUUCUAAUAAAAAUAAGUUAUUUCUGUAGAUGUAUAGUAAAUACUUGUCUGGCUGCCAGUAUUCUCAUUAUCUUUUAUGUUUAUUGAAAAAUGCUAUAAUAAAAUUAUAAACUGGAA